CAUGAUUCAACUUGCUGCUGAUAGACGACAGCAACACGCUCCAGAUCCAAUUUACACAUCACCGCACAUCUAAGCCUAUUGUGAUUAUAACACCUCACUCACUCAUUCACGACUCAACAGGCCUCAGUCACUCCCCCCAUCCCACCGCAUCACCUCAUUCACGCCACCCCCCCCCCCCCCCCCCCCCCCCCCCCCCCCACCACCGCGUCACUCUUCAACACCCUCAUCAUUCACGACUCACCGCGCCUCAGUCACUCCCAUUCCCCAUCACCACGCCGUCACUCCACCCUCAUUCACGACUCACCGCGCCUCAGUCACUCCCAUUCCCCCAUCACCACGCCUCACUCACUCUCAUUCACGACUCACCGGCCUCA